AUGCUGAGCGACAAAGAACUCUCCGACGCGGCAAACCAGCUCGCUUCAUUCCGGGUCAAGGACGACGAGUACCAUCGCAAUCAUGCCAAGAUUCUGGACAAGUAUGCGGCUCUCAUGGAGGACUUCAAGCGUUUGAAGAGCGACUUUGAGGAGGCGAGGGAUUCGAGAGAGCGGUAUAAGUCUUUGGCGAAGGGUGGGGAGAGGAAUCCUUUCGUCCUUGUACUCGUGGAUGGCGAUGGAUACGUGUUCGACGAUGACCUGCUCGAAAGCAAGGCCGAGGGCGGCUCGAGAGCUGCUCAGCUUCUCAAUGACACAGUCCAGCGCAGCUUGAGAAACCGUCCUGGUUUAGAGAACUGCAAUAUUAUGGUUCGCAUUUACGCCAAUGUAGUUGGUCUUUCGAAAGCAGUAUCGAAGGUCGGACUGGCUGGACCUGAGAAACGCUCCUUGGCACCAUUCGUAGCCAACUUCAAUCGAUCCAACGGCCUUUUUGACUUCGUGGAUGCCGGUGAAUUAAAAGAAAACGCGGACUUCAAGAUUAGAGGCCUUUUCCGCCAAUUCGUGGAAAAUACUCAGUGUCGACACAUCUACUUCGCAGCUUGCCAUGAUGUGGGCUAUCUAUCGGAGCUGACCUCAUACACAAGUCAGCGCGACCGAAUUACGCUGGUACGCAACUAUGCGUUCCAUAAGGAAUAUGCCAGGCUGGGACUUCGCACAGAAGAGUUUCCCGGCAUCUUCAGAGCAACUGCUCUUCCAUCUCCAUCCUACACAAGUGGCGCCGCAGAUAUGCCGCCACCGCCAACUCCGUCCAAACCAGUCACCUCGCCUAUUCCAACAGCACCACGCCAUGCCAGUUCUGCUUCAAUUGAUGCAGAACCCUGCACGUUCUACCAGAAGGGGGCGUGCAAAUACGGCAAAGGCUGCAAAUUUGCCCACGUCAAAGUAUCAUCGAACGGUCAUAUGGAUAGCUCGGACUGGAGAACCCCCAGCAAGACAGAUACAUUCCAGACGACACCCCUUUCCAAAUCGGAUAACAAAUUUAUGACAGGCAAUAGUUCAUUUGCCAGCGGUACCCCUGACUUCACAGUGCUGCCCCGAGAAGGCAGCGUACCACCGAAUAAAACACCAGUCAAUGCUCGCCAGGAGCGUCUCGACUGCUACCUACCACCAAUUAGUGCCGAUGAUCGAGCCCAAUACCGGGCCAGAAUUGCUAGGCAAAAGCUCUGCAACUCUCACCACCUCAACGGAUACUGUCCAAAUGGCACGGAUUGUCAGUACGAUCAUUCGCCCAUCAGUGAGGGCGUAAAGAAUUGUCUGCAAGAAGUAGCUCACCACGCACCUUGUCCACGUCGUCAGGCGUGCCGUUCUCUUACCUGUCUUGCCGGUCAUGUCUGUCAGCGCCAGGAUUGUCAGAAACGUGGAGGACGAACAUUUUGCAAAUUUCCGUUCCCCAUGCACAACGUCGACUUCAACAUGGCGGAGUACGUGCAAGGCACGAAUGCUCCCCAGGAAGAGAAUGGCAGUGCAAGCGGCAGCGCAAAAGAAUCGCCAACGUCCUACUCUAGCGGUGGAGAAUCUCCGCAAGCGGACACUCAGGAAGGAGCGCCACUGGGCGCAGUCGAAGCCGAGACAGUUACACUGCAUACCUCUGCUUGA